AUGGGAGUGCAAUCCAAACUGCUGCCCGCCGGCAGCCAGGCGGCUCUGCUGAACGUCCUUAGUUCAUCUUUAACGUUUUACUUGACACAUAAAACAAAGAUCUCUCGCGGGUUAUAUCUAUUCACCUUCCUCGCCCUCGUAUUCCGAGUCCGCGCAGCCAUUUCCGACCAAAAGCCUGCUGUAAAGCCUACACGUUCGACAUCUGAUAGUUCCAAGCGACAGAAGGUUGAACUAAAUAGAGAAUUCUUCAGGAAUCUCUUUAGGUUGUUGAAGAUUGUUAUUCCGGGAUGGAAGAGCAAGGAAGCGAGGUUGCUGGUUAGCCAUUCGGUGUUUUUGGUGUUGAGAACACUGAUUAGUUUGUAUGUUGCCGAACUUGAUGGACGACUUGUCUCCAAUCUCGUCCGGGGUAAAGGGAAGGACUUUGUGCUCGGGAUAAUAUGGUGGAUGGUGGUUGCCAUCCCGGCGACAUUCACAAACUCUAUGUUGUCGUACCACCAAUGCAAACUUGCCCUUCAAUAUCGAACUCGUCUCACAAAUCACAUCCACAACCAAUAUCUAUCUAAUAUGAUAUUCUAUUCCGUCGGAAACCUCGAUGACAGGAUCAAAAACCCAGACCAGUUGAUUGUCGAGGACGUUCGUAAAUUCUCUAACUCGCUAGCAGAACUCUACUCCAACCUCGCCAAGCCAGUGUUGGAUAUGGUUAUCUACAACUACCAACUUUCGAGGAAUGUCGGUGGCGAAGGUCUCUUCCUGAUGGCAUUGCUAGUCCAGAUCUCUGCGAACGUUAUGCGAGCACUUACGCCUCCGUUCGGUAAAUAUGUCGCCGAUGAGGCGAAGUUGGAGGGAGAGUUUAGACAUCAACAUUCUAGACUUAUUGAUAACGCCGAGGAGGUGGCCUUAUACAACGGUCAUGAAAAUGAGAAGAAGACGCUUGAUAAAGGAUAUUUCAGGUUGAUUAAGUAUGUAAACCAUAUCCUCAGGCAGAGAUUGUACCACGGAAUUAUGGAAGACUACGUGAUCAAGUACUUCUGGGGAGCUCUUGGUUUGGUGCUUUGCAGUGUACCAGUAUUCGUCAAGAUUCCUGGCGCGAAGGGUGGAAGUUUGGGAGACCGGACAGAGAGUUUCGUAACCAACCGUCGUCUCUUGCUCUCAUCUUCUGACGCUUUCGGCCGUGUCAUGUUCUCUUACAAGGAAAUCACCGAGCUGGCAGGUUAUACCUCCCGUGUAUCCACACUCUUGAACGUCAUGGAGGAUAUCACAAAUGGACGUUUCGAAAAGAACCUUGUUUCCUCGGCGUCAACUGAAGAGAACGCCGCCGUCCUUCGCGGAAGAGGCAAGGUUAUCGAAGACAGCUAUAUCCAGUUUACAGAUGUCCCAAUCGUCAGCCCCAACGGUGAUGUUUUAGUCAGGAAGCUUUCGUUUGAGGUUAAGAGAGGAGGACAUCUGUUGAUUGUUGGACCAAACGGAUGUGGUAAGAGCAGUUUGUUCAGAAUCCUUGGUGGGUUGUGGCCUGUGUAUGGUGGUGAGGUUAGAAAGCCACCCAGCGAGGAGAUUUUCUAUAUCCCACAGAGACCAUACUUGAGCCGCGGAUCGUUAAGGCAACAGGUCAUUUAUCCUGAUGGAUUGAAGGAUAUGAUCGAUAAGGGUGUCACGGACGAUGAUUUGAUGGCACUCUUGAAGAUUGUGGAGAUUGAGUCCGUUGUUGAGAGGGAAGGUGGGUGGGAUGUAGAGAAGGAGUGGAGAGAGCAAUUGAGCGGUGGGUUACAGCAGAGAAUUGCUAUGGCUAGAUUGUUCUACCACGCCCCCAAAUUUGCUAUCUUGGAUGAGUGUACAGCAGCACAAACCCUCGAUAUCGAACGAAUCAUGUACGAAACCGCCAAGCAGCUAGAUAUCACCCUCAUCACCGUCAGCCAUAGAAAGAGUUUAUGGAAGUACCACGAAAACAUCUUGCAGUUUGAUGGCCAGGGUGGAUUCGUGUUUACAAAAUUAGAUGCAGAAAGACGAUUGAAAUUGGAAGACGAAAAGGAAGACCUUGAGCUGCAAUUAAGAGCUGUCCCCGAAUUAAGAAGACGGUUGGAAGAACUCAAGGAGAGCUUCCAAACCGAGGGUUAA